AUCGUUACUGGCGAUGCAGUUUGCAGUGGAUUGUAUUAAUUCAAACGACACCAUUCUGCCAAACAUUACUUUAACAUUACAGCAUUCGAUUCAUGUCUGAAUGGCAUUAUGGCAUUGAAAUGCACUCUUGAGAGUUGAGUGUUUUGUUUUAAAAAAUAUGUGGGAAAACUGAGUAAAUAUCCAAUUGUCGGUUGGACCACCUAAUUAUAAGAGAGAAGAAGCUGUAUAUACCGCAAAGGUAAAGGAAAUAGAUUAAGAGUAUAUGUUUUGUUACACAAAAGCCAUGCAUGCAUGCAUGGCUUCAUACUUGAUAAUAGAUUUAUAAGCUGAAUUUUGGUCCCGUAUUAUAUGCAAUUAUACAUAUUUCAUAGACAUAUUUCAUAGAUUACAGAUAAUGGUUAUACACCGUCUACACGAUAAGCGAUAUGUCACCCAACAGAGCACGAAGGAACGCUAAGUUGAAUAACGUUAGUUUUAUGCAUGUUAUAAGAUCUGUAGCCUGAUAAACUGUACUGAGGAAAAAGGCAGGUAUAGUGACCGCCGCAAUGAUGUUCGCGUGCGAUGCCAUAUUGUAUCUUACUAAUGCAUUGGAGCGCCGGUUUGACGCAUGUCAAACAUGUUUUUGCCAAAACCUCCUCAUUAACUCCUCAUUAACUUUGUUUUAAUAUUGAUAUACUAAAAUAGCUUAACAUGCCGCCCGCAAACUUAUGUUUCUUGCCGAAACCGAAGACACGCCUUGAUACGAACGUUUUCUCUCUAACUUUAUUUUAAUAUUGAUAUACUAAAAUAGCUCUCUCUAUAUAUUCCUAUAGGAAGAUUCCUAGGAUGAAACAGACUAUCUAUUAUGUAUUAAUGUAUAUACCGAAGGUACCUAUACGUAUAUUUUGUACUGUACAUUAUAAGCUCAUUAAUUCAGCUAUAUAUUAGUCUUCAUCAAUUAAUUAUGUUGUUGUCUUGGCCAUUAAACAAUUAUUAUUGUUUGCCAUUAAAAUUUGCUUUUAGUCUGUAUGUAUAUUUCUUGUAUUUUUUUCUUUCGUGCAAACGUCGCAAACAUUUCUCGCGUGCACACACAGGGGUUGUGGCAGACGCGAAGCUAAUAAUUUGCUCGUAUAAUUUCGCUUUUAGAUUUCUUAGAAAUGCUUGGCAGCAUGUAUUCAGAUCCAUGUGUAUGUAUCUUGAUCCUCACAUCGUUGUGCGUCAUUCAUAUGUCUGAACUCCCCUCUAUUCGAGUGGAUAACCCAGGCAACAUUACCCUUGGUGGGCUUUUCUCCUUGUUUGAAAAUAACCAUGAAGGUGUCUGUGAAGGCAGAAUUGUUUUGAAUGGUUUGCGAUCGUUACUGGCAAUGCAGUUUGCAGUGGAUCGUAUUAAUUCAAACGACACCAUUCUGCCAAACAUUACUAUUGGCAUUACAGCAUUCGAUUCAUGUCUGAAUGGCAUUACAGCAUUGAAAUACACUCUUGAGCAUUUUGUUUUAAAGGAAUAUGCGGGAAAACUGAGUAAAUAUCCAAUUGUCGGUUUAGUUGGACCACCUAAGAGUGAAGAAGCUGUAUAUACCGCCAAGGUCUUAGAUGUUUUUGAAAUACCUGUCAUUAGUUAUAGUGCAACAAGUGAGAAAUUAAGCGAUAAAAAGCAAUUUAAAUACUUUUCUCGCACUGUACCGUCUGACGUAUCUCAAGCUAAGGCCAUUGUUGACUUUUUUCGAUAUUUCAAUUGGACGUAUGUGAACGCCGUGUACAGUGAUGAUUGGUAUGGCACGUAUGGGAUGAAACUGUUGAGAAAGGAAGCCAAGAAACACGGUAUGGUUUUACAAUCCUAACAUUUCACAUAAUUAUUUUAAGGGGCG